CCUUAAAACGCUGCUGGCUGGAGCCGCCUCCCUCCGUGCAGCCCGCAGCGGGGAUGGAGUAAGGGGAGACCCGUAGACCUGCCCGCGGGGAUCAGCGAUGGAGUUAAAGCAAUCUUUGUCUACCCAUCUGGAAGCUGAGAAGCCUCUGAGGCGCUAUGGGGCGGUGGAGGAGACGGCGUGGAAAGCGGAGGGACUGGGAAGAAAUCAGCUGGACAUCAUCUCCAUGGCGGAGACAACCAUGAUGCCGGAAGAGAUCGAGCUGGAGAUGGCGAAAAUCCAGCGUCUCCGGGAAGUGUUGGUCCGACGGGAGUCCGAGCUCAGGUUUAUGAUGGAUGACAUCCAGCUCUGCAAUGACAUCAUGGAUCUGAAGCAGGAGCUGCAGAACUUGGUCGCCAUCCCAGAAAAAGAAAAAACGAAGCUGCAGAAGCAGAGAGAGGACGAGCUGAUCCAAAAGAUCCACAAACUGGUGCAGAAGAGGGAUUUUCUCGUCGAUGACGCAGAGGUCGAGCGGCUAAGGGAGCAAGAAGAAGACAAGGAAAUGGCCGAUUUCCUGAGAAUCAAGUUAAAACCUCUAGACAAAGGAACCAAAUCUCCAGCCAGCUCCCGAGCCGAGAAGAAAGCAGAGCCCCCACCUAGCAAGCCCACAGUGGCCAAGACCGGGCUGGCACUCAUCAAGGAUUGCUGUGGGGCCACCCAGUGCAAUAUCAUGUAGCCCUCAUGUGGGGUGCCCCCAGGGCCACGGGGACCCCCCGCUCCCACCCACUUGUCUUCAUAGCCCCCAUGCCACCGGGGCCCAAGAGCUCUCCAAGGCGGAAGGGGUUGAAGGCAAGCCUGUGACUGCCGCCAGGGGCCGUGGGCGUGGCGGGCGGGCCCGGCCGCCCUGUACAGAGUGUAGCAAUAGGGAGUCCCUCACCGUCGCAUGGCCCUCCCCAGAGCAUGCCGAACCCAGGAGUCUGUCUCACCGUUUAUCCAACCACCAGGAAAGGUCCCCCCUCAAAAAAGUAUAUCUCCACUUCUAUCUAGCUGUAUCUAACCCACCGUGCGAAUGAACUGGGAGGGGCAUGUUCUCCAGGUGUGUAUAGUCGUGACUUUUCAACAGUCUGGCGCCAUGUUGGACACUUCCCCCAUCCACCCUCCUAGCUCUGCUGUCAGGCCUGCCCCAAUCAGGCACAGCUCCCGUCUCCCGUCUGUCCUUUCCCAGGCGCUGUGCCUUGGAGGGCUCCACACAGCCCACCUGUCUUGGAGACACAGAGGGCCCAUCUGCCAAGAUGGAGCUUGUGUGUGGUGUCGUGGUCACGUCUCCGGCUUCCUCCCCUCCUCUGUCUGGGCCCAGGUCACACCAGGAGCGUGUCCAUUCGUUUUUGGCUCUUCCGUCCCUUGCAACGGCUGCCCGAGGUGUGUGGAACGGAGGGGACGGGUGACUGGGCUGGAGCACACCCAGUGCUCGGAAGUGGUGGCAGAGAGCUGGAGGCUCCAACGCCAGGGCAAGGGCAGACAAGAAGGGGACCCAGAGCAGAUGCUGACCCAGAUGCCCUCCACCCAUUGGGGGCCACCGGAAGGAGAGCCAGCGGGACCCCACUCACAGCCUAACACACAGACCUCCGUAAACAGCAGCUGCGGCGGGCAGGAGGGGCGGCCUGACCCAACCGUGCCCCAUGAUUCAGUGGUGUAUUUUAACCAGCCUAACAAUUCCACCUGUGUAACUUGAUGUAUAUAUAUAUAUGCUACAGCCAGCUCGGCACAGCCCAUGUGACCUUUCUGUGCGUGUGUGUGUGUGUCGUGACCGGCCUAAGUAGUUAGCAUAACUCAAGAUUUGCUGAUGUGCAACCAUCCAUGGAAGAAAAUAAAAAUGGAAACCACGUACA